UAUUUUUAAUUUUUGCAGGAAUGAUGUUACUGGAUAACAUAGGAUUUGUAGCAAACAUGGUAAGUUUGGUGUUAUAUUUCCUGUUUGUGAUGCAUUUUGACUCCUCUGGCUCUUCAACCACUACCACAAACUUCUUAGGGACUACUUUCUUGCUAACAAUUGUUGGAGGAUUCAUCUCUGAUACAUAUAUGAAUCGUCUCAACACUUGCAUUCUCUUCGGAAUUAUUCAGUUAUUGGGAUAUGCCUUACUUGUGAUUCAAUCACAUGACCAGAAGCUUCAACCAGAUCUAUGCGGAGAGGAGAGCUGUGUGCAUGGUAGAAAAGCUUGGCUCUUCUAUGCUUCGAUAUACUUGCUCGCACUUGGUGGUGGUGGAAUUAGAGGCUGUGUACCGGCUUUAGGAGGCGAUCAAUUUGAUGAUAAGAAUCCGAAAGAACGCGUCCAACUUGCUAGCUUCUUCAAUUGGUUUCUGUUUAGUAUUACAAUCGGAGCUAGUUUAGGCGUUACCUUUGUUGUUUAUGUUAGCACAGAAUUCGAUUGGUACAAAGGUUUCCUUAUAUCACUCUCGUGUUCUUCUGCUGCCAUUGUUUGCAUUGUCGCCGGAAAGAGUUUCUACCGUAUUCAAAUUCCGGGAGAAAGUCCAUUGUUGAGUAUUUUACAGGUGCUGGUUGUGACAGUCAAGAAUUGGAGGGUGAAAGUACCUGAAAAUUCUGAAGAGUUGUAUGAAAUAGAGAGUCAUAAGUCUACUUUGAAGAAAAAACUCAUCCCUCACACUACCCAACUCAGGGUUCUAGACAAAGCUGCAAUUCUACCAGAAGCCAAAGAAGCAAUAAAAUGGAAAGUAUGCACAGUGACACAAGUAGAAGAAGUAAAGAUUCUAACAAGAAUGAUGCCUAUACUUCUCAGUACAAUCAUCAUGAACACAUGCUUAGCCCAACUUCAAACAUUUUCGGUCCAACAAGGAACCUUUAUGAACACAUUCAUUGGCACUUUCAACAUUCCAGCUGCAUCAAUACCUGUGAUCCCACUAGUAUUCAUGACCCUUUUGAUACCAGUUUACGAAUUCGCAUUUGUACCAUUAGUUCGCAAAUUUACCGGUCAUCCAAACGGAAUAACCGAACUACAAAGAGUCGGUGUUGGACUAGUUUUAUCAGCAAUCUCAAUGAUCAUAGCAGGACUUGUAGAAGUGAAAAGGAAACACUAUUUCAACGAUCACAAUAGCAAAAUUAGCCUCUUCUGGCUUUCUUUCCAUUACGCAAUCUUUGGUAUUGCUGAUAUGUUCACAUUGGUUGGACUACUAGAGUUUUUCUACAAAGAAGCUCCUCAAGGAAUGCGAUCACUUUCGGCCUCUUUCUCGUUUCUUUCGUUAUCAAUUGGUUACUACUUGAGCACUGUUUUUGUUGAGAUCAUAAACUCAGUGACAAGUAGGAUUACAAAGAGUAAAAAAGGGUGGCUAGAAGGAAGAGACUUGAACCAAAACCAUGUUGAGCUAUUCUAUUGGUUUUUGGCUAUACUUAGUAUGAUUAACUUUGUUGUCUAUAUCUUUUGUGCAAAAUGGUACAAAUAUAGGAAUGAUUUUUCAAUUGAUAAGGAAAUGUUGCUCAAACAUCUAGCUGCUAAUCCUAAUCAUGGAAAUGUGUCUACAAUCUCUGUGUCCAAAUUUCAAGAUAUACCAGACAAUGAAGAAGAGAGACACAAAACCUCUCAGUAACCAUGAUUGCUAUUAAUGU